CAAUUGAUGGUUGACGGCCCCUUUCACAUCCGUGCGGUUUUUCCCUUACAUAUUGCGAUCUCUCUCUCGAUUCUUCCUUUUCAUCUCUGUGAUCUAUCAAUCUCAUAGAUCAUUUUCACAUAGAAAGAGGGCUGAUCAGUUCUCUCCUCCCUUCGAUUAGUGUCGCGGUUGAUCUCUCUUGCUCGGAAAAGAUUUCGCCUAAAAAUUGCUCUUUUCAAAACUUUUGGAGACCCUGUGGAAACGAUUUCACUGGGUGAAUCAUCUGAUUUCAGGCAAGGGUUUUCAGACAAUCAUCUCAUUCUGAAACUACUGAACGAACACAAGAGCUUUGCAGGGUCCUUACAAGAAAUGGAUCCUGGUCGCUACGUACCUCAGCAAGGAUGGGAAAAUAACAGCGCUCCGGAGGGGUAUGGUGCUGUCCACGAACCAGACUUCGGGCCUGGUGGCUCAUACAAUGAUAGGAGGUUCGUAAAUGAAAGGUUCCCGAAGGACAAUAGUUACUCAAGAAAUGCCCAUCACCAUGAUGCACUGGAAAGAGAUAGUUACCCACCACCUCCAGCAUCAGUUGGUCCAUGGUCUCAAGCAAGGAAGAGGAGUUAUGAAGAAGAGUACGCACACGAGAGAGAAUCUAGGCGACAUGACAAGUCAUAUGCUCAUUCAUAUAAUGACUUUGCUCAUCAUGAAUCUGACAAGUAUCAUGAAAAUGAUAUCCCUGAUAGCUACCACAGCACUGACAGCUAUGGUGACCGAGGGUGUGAAAGAUCAUCUAGAUACACUGGACGUGACCAUGAUGACUAUGCAUAUGAUGAUUAUGACUAUCAUCCCAGGGUUUCCAAUCAAAACAGAGAGGAUAGUCGUGAGAGGGAUUUUGAUUAUAACCGACGCAGUCAUGAAUCGGAUUAUGAAAGGGUUAGUAGAAGAGAUGGUAGUUGGAGAAGUCGCGAAUCUGGUGAGCGAGAACGCGAGAAAGUAUUAUCCAGUCGAGAGAAGGAUAGAAGCCCUAGGAGGCACGACCGUUCAUGGUCCAGCGGGCGUGAUGAUCGCUCUCGAUCAAGAUCUCCUACUAGGAGUAGAAGUUAUGGUCGUAGCUAUCGGGAGGAUAGCUAUGAUGACGAUAGAUAUGACAGAUCUGAAAGGCGACGAGAUCGUGGCGAGAAGAAUCUUCAUGAGCAUUAUUCCGUGGCCCCCUCUGCCACUGUUGUUGUGAAGGGCCUCUCUCAAAAGACAAAUGAGGAGGACUUAUACCAAAUUCUGGCUGAAUGGGGACCUCUUCGCCAUGUUCGUGUUAUCAAAGAACGAAACUCUGGCAUUUCCCGUGGAUUUGCUUUUAUUGAUUUCCCCUCUGUGGAAGCUGCUCGAACAAUGAUGGACAAACUCGGGGAUGAUGGUCUUGUUGUCGAUGAAAGAAAGCUCUUCUUUGAGUAUAGUAGCAAGCCAACGGGAGGGACAUCUGGACCUUCAACUGGAGGAGAUAAUGCAUCAAAAUCAGGCUAUCACAGAAAUAUGACGGUGCCAUGUGACUGGAUGUGCAUGAUCUGCAAUUGUGUGAAUUUUGCACGUCGUACAUCCUGCUUUCAGUGUAAUGAGCCUCGGACAGAUGAUGCUCCACCAGCAGACACAUCAUCAAAUCCUACUUCACUUGGAAGGAGAGGGGAUGCAGGUCCCACACACGUAUUGGUUGUCCGUGGCUUAGAUGAAAACGCUGAUGAAGAAAUGCUUCGCUAUGAAUUUUCCAAGCAUGCUCCUAUAAAGGAUCUUCGUCUUGUUAGGGACAAAUUUACCCAUGUUUCAAGGGGAUUUGCAUUUGUACAUUUCCACACGGUUGAAGAUGCUACAAAAGCUCUUGAAGUAACAAAUGGAACAGCUUUGGAGAAAAAUGGUCAAAUUCUACGAGUAGCAUAUGCCAAAAGCAUUCUAGGACAAGGGUCAGGCUCAGCAGGUUCUUCCCAAUCAAGCCGUCUUGCUGCUGCUGCAAUUGAAGCAUCAGCAUUUUCUCAGCAGUUUGAUUCUACUGGAUGGGCACCAAAGGAAUAUAAUCCAGAUAACAAACAGUCUGCUGGUAGACCAGAGCAGGGUGCUGGUGAUGGUCAAAAUGGUUCAUCAGAGCCACAGUCUGGCUUUGUCUGGGAUGAGGCAUCUGGCUACUAUUAUGAUGCUUCUUCUGGGUUUUAUUAUGAUGGAAACACAGGUUUAUAUUAUGAUGGUAAUAAUGGGAUAUGGUAUUCUUAUGAUCAACAAAGUCAGCAAUAUAUCCCCUACACUGGUCAAAGUGACGAUGCAACAGGAAAACCUUCCAAGGCACCUGAUGCUUCUAAAAAUAGGAAAGUAGUUAUCUCUGCAGCUGCUGCAACUAUAACACCAUCUGAAAAGGCUGUCUCAUUACCCGAGGCUGUUGAGGCUGCUGCAAAUGCUGCAAUGGCUGCAGAAAAGAAAGAAAAAGAGAAGUUAAAAGAGAUCAGGAUUGCCUCAAAGAGUAGCAUUCUUGCAAACAAAAAGAAAAUGAAUAAUGUAUUGACCAUGUGGAAGCAGAGAAGUCACGAAGGGCAAGCACCCCGUGUAGCACUCGAUGACAAUCAACAACCAUCUUCUUUAUUAGCUGAAGAUAAAAAGAGACUCAAGACAGAAGAGAAUUCAACAAUUAAUUCUGGAUCAUUCCCCACUGUGGCAGAAGCGGAGGAUCACAAGCCAAGGACAAUAAGCAACAGCUCAGGAGGAGCUUUAAUGGGGGUAAUUAGGGGUUCUGGUGGGAGGGGAAUCAUAUUGAAAUCAGAUACCACAUUUUCGGAUUCAUCACCUGCACCAUCAGCAACCAGCGCCGACUCUACAACCCCGUUCAAGACAGACGCAUCCGCUUUAGGUUCUUAUGCACCGGCUACAACUUCAUUGGCUGUCAAAAGGAGAUUUUCUGAGAUGCCAAUAUCAUCAGCUUCUUCUAGCAGCAACAGGGAACACCCCCAACCUGCAUACAGGGACCGUGCAGCCGAGAGGAGGAGCUUGUAUGGUUCAUCAUCCUCUCUUGGAGGUGUCAUUUCUGACCUUGACACGACGGAUCCAAAUCGAGAUUCUGUAUCGAAGAGAGGAUUGGUUGAUUCAAUGCCGUUUCCUCCUGGUGUUGGGGGAGGAGGACGAGGGUCUGGUGGUGAUGUGCAUGUACAGAGCUAUGAGGUCAUUACAGCAGAUAAGGCGAUUGAUGAAAGCAAUGUUGGAAAUCGAAUGCUUCGCAACAUGGGCUGGCAGGAAGGCUUGGGACUGGGCAAAGAUGGAAGUGGCAUGGUAGAACCUGUGCAAGCUACAUCCAUGGACAGUAGGGCAGGUCUGGGAAGUAGGCAAAAGAAGGCUGUAGAUCCAAGCCUUGAGGUGAAAGAUGGUGACAGUUAUCGAACUCUUAUACAGAAGAAGGCUAUUGCUCGGUUCAGAGAGAUGUCAUAGGAGGAGGAUGGAUCUUGGGAGAAGAAAGGUCAGCUAUUUGAGUCGUAUUGAUGGGUGUGAUAAUAUACUUGUGUUUUAACAUUUCCUUAGAAACUUCAUGGUUUAAAGAACUAAGCUAGCUGUGAACUUGACAAAAGAGAGUUCAUUAUGUCUCUCUUGGUUGUGAAAACGGGCAUGUUUUUCUUUUAUUCAUAUUUCGUUAGAAGAAAAUAAUUUCUUUAAGUUAUUUUUC